ACGAAGCAAUUUCUACUAAAAUGUUCGUUUUUACAAAUCUACAACGAGCAUUUAUAUGAUCUUCUGGAUUCCUCUUGCGUCAACCUCAGCCUCGGAUUGGAUAUUAAUAAGGAUGUGUUUGUAAAAGGCCUGCAAGAAGUGGAAGUGCGGGACACUCGUGAAGCCAUCGAAAUCAUUAAAUUUGGCUCACUUAACCGUCGCGUGGCCUCAACUUCUAUGAAUCAAGAGAGUUCUCGUUCUCACGCUGUUUUCACUGUAACGAUUCAGUCUCAGGAAAUAAAAGAUGACAUUAAAGUUACGCGGACUGCGAAACUUGACCUUGUCGACUUGGCCGGCUCGGAACGACAGAAACAUACUAAUGCACUUGGUGCAACUUUAAAAGAAUCAUGUAAAAUCAACCAAUCGUUAUCCACUUUGGGCAAAGUCAUUAAAGCGCUUAUCGAAAAAGAAAAACCCCCUUAUCGUGACUGUUUGCUUACCCAUUUACUCUCGAACUCGCUUGGGGGAAACUCGAAAACUUAUUUUCUUGCGACUAUCCAUCAAGACGCCGAUCAGUUUUUUGAAACUCGCUCCACAUUAUUAUUUACUCAAAGAAUGCAACUUGUGCAGAAUAAAGCGGUAAUAAAUGAAGAAACUCAUGAAACUUUUUCACAACUAAAAGAAAAAUAUUUAAAACUUUUAGAGAGAUUUGAAGGAAAUGCUGAUGAUAAUAAAGUUAAUUUUGAAAGCGUGAAAAAGAUGAACGCCUUUCUUCUACGAGAGAAAAUACGCAUGCAAGAACGUAUAGAUAAUUAUGAAGCAGUGAAAGAACUCGAUGAUAAAACUAUAAAGUCCUUAAACCAGAGGAAUCAGAAUUUAAAAAUGAAAGUAAAGUUUCUCCAACGUAGACAAACAAAAAACGAUUGGAUUUCUGAAAAGGAACUUGGCAAACCAUGUGAGGAGGUUUCUGUAGAAAUUGUUUGUAACAAGACUAAUCCGGAAGUCACUCAAUAUGCUUCAAAUUAUUACAUGCUCAAACAGGAAUUAAAAACUUUGAAAACGCAAUAUUCUUGUUUUGAUAAAGAUAAUAUUUAUAUAAAAGAACUUAAAGAAUAUAUACAACAGCUGGAAGAACAAAUUUUAUUCUCAAGCGAUUCCGUUGAGCUUCCAGAAACAAGUAAAAAAACUCGAGCAACCGACCAACUUGAGGAUAUAGAAAAGUGGAAACUGAAACAAACUGUUGACAUGGAACUUCAGCUAAAACUUUAUAAUGGCAUUGAACUCGAAUGCAAUAACUUGAAAAAUGAACUUAAAGAAGUUGAAAUGGAGUUACACGAAGUAAAAGGCGAGAAGGAAACGUUAAUAAUAGAAAAAAACUUGUUAGCAGCCACCUUAGAAGAGUUAAAAAUAGAAAAUGAAGAGCUGCAAAAAGUUAAUAAUUCGCUGGAAUUCAAGAUAAAUAAACUUUUAGAUGAAGCAAACUUUACUAAAAGCGAGCUUCAGCAAAAUUUAUUGGCCUCAACUGCCAAACUGACCCAUGAAAAAAACGUAUUAACUGAAAAGUUAUUAUUACUCUCUAAUAUGGAAGAAAAAAAUGAAAAAGUUAGUAAGGAAAAUAUUUUCUUGCAGGAAGCGCUUAAAACAGAGAAACAUAAGAAUUCCGUGUGCUCUUUACAAGUUGAAGAACUCACAAACAAACUUGGGUUAUAUGAAGAACUUGAUGAAAAUAAUAAGCAGAUGAUAAAUGAUUUAAACACACGAAUAACUGAAAAAAGUAAGGAACUUUCCAGGCUGAUGGACGAACAAAACAAACUCAUUUCUCAACAUAACAAUGAAAAAAUUGAGCUGCAAAGUAUAAUAAGUAAACUGGAGCACAUGAUCGAUGAAUCUGAACUUAACCAACAAUUAUCUCUUCUCACUCGAAAAUACCAAAAAUUGAAACUCAAUUAUGGAGUUGCAUAUAUGAAGAUAAUAAAUCUUUAUUAGAGGUAGAAUCGAGUCUGAAGAGUGAACUUUUUGAAAAAAACAAACUUUUAGAAGCCCAACGAACUGAACUUGAAGAUCUUCGAAAGAAUUAUAAUAAUCAGCAAUUAGUAAUUGCUUCUCUUGAAAAGUGCUUGGAAGAAGUAACAAAAGAUUAUGCUGCCGUGGGUGGUAAUAAGAAUCCCUCUCAAAAAAUAAGACUUUUUCAAAGAAAACUUGAAGAUAUUAAUAUCCUUAUAAAAG